AUGUCCUCCCAUUCUCACGGCACAUGCGCGACUCAGGGAGUGCGCAGCGCGGCGAUCAGCAGUGCUUGCUGUCUGUGUCCAAUCACAGCUGAUCACUGAUCAUUAGAGCACUGAUGAUCAGUGUGCCCUGAUGAUCAGUGUGGCCCCAGAAGUGCCACCUGUCAAUGUCCAUCAGUGCCAGCUGUCAGUGCUGAACAGUGCCACAUGCCAGUGCCCAUCAGUGCUACAUCAAUGCCACAUAUCAGUGCCUACCAGUGCACAUUAAUGCCACAUAUCAGUGCCCAUCUGAGCUGCCUUUCAGUGUCACCCAUCAGUGCCAGUCAGUGCCACCUAUCAAUGCCAAUCAGUGCCACCUAUCAGUGCCAGUCAGUGCCGCCUAUCAGUGCCAGUCAG